UAAUAUGAUAAUUAGAUUGAGGUCAAAGGUUGCGUAGGUAAUGACCUUCCGGGCUUACCUAAAAGGUACAAAUAGGGUUGUUUGAACGAUAAAACAGUACUAUCACUGCGAACACACAGAAAGACAGAGGUACAGAAAAUGACAAUCUUCAAGACAAUGUCAAAUACCGGCUUCUUGAUAAUUGGACUCUUAGUGUUUACUAGAUCUACAUUUGCACAAGUUACAACUCAGGAAAACGCACAAACUACACAGGCCACAAUUACACAAUCCACACAGACUUCUUCCGAAACCCAAUCUACAGCAGCCAAUGCUGGUGCACAAUCAACACAAGCAAAUACUGGUACACAAUCAACACAAACAAAUACUGGUACACAAUCAACGGCAGCAAAUGCUGGUGCACAAUCAACGGCAGCAAGUACUGGUGCACAAUCAACAGCAAGUUCGUCCAGCACCCAGACAGCGGCGACGUCUUCUAGUACCCAGGCUGCAACAACACCAAGCGCCACACAGACUACCGGAACCAGUACAGAAACCACAGCGGCAUCUGCUGACACGCAGACGACAGCGGCUGCAGAACGCGCAAGCGUACCAUGUCCCGAUGGACAAUAUAACGAUAUUACAGAUACAGUCACCUUCAUACUUGAUGAAAGAGAAUGCCAAAUAACUGUUUAUCUUUCAAAACCACCUAAAGGAAAGAAAAUACAGAAAGCGAAAAAGGCAAAGAAAGAAAAGGAGCCGAAAAAAGCAAAGAAAGGAAAGGAGCCGAAAAAGGCAAAGAAAGAAAAAAAUCCUAAAGGCAAAAGUGCGGAACAAGUAGAACCAAUAGAGCAAGGAGAGAGGUUAAUAGAAAAAUCCGUAUCUAUCGGUCCAAUCCCAGGACGUGAUGUUGACAUGUGUGCCGAUGUACAAGUCAGCAAAUAUAGCAAAGAUGUUUACUCUAUCCAAGCCGGAAAUUGUGUCAUGUACGUGAAGAAACCAAAGAAGGGCAAAAAUGGAUCAUCUGUUCCAAUGAUCAGGACCGAGACAAAUCCACCUGUUUAAGGGAAAUCGCCUGUUUACCAAUAUGAUAAUUAACUGUAUAUAAAUCCAAAUUUAUACAAAAAAAUGUACAUAAAAUUGUUGUCUCGUCUUUACAAAAAUAAAUGUUUUACUUUAUAAUCUAA